CUCCGUUCGGCCGGUUCUCCCGGGAAGCUAUUAAUAGCAUUACGUCAGCCUGGGACUGGCAACACGGAGUAAACGACCGCGCCGCCAGCCUGAGGGCUAUAAAAGGGGUGAUGCAACGCUCUCCAGGCCACAGUCGCACGCAGCCAGGCGCGCACUGCACAGCUCUCUUCGCUCGCCGCCGCCCGAGCGCACCCUUCAGCCCGCGCGCCGGCCGUGAGUCCUCGGUGCCCGCCCGCCCCCGUCCAGACCCUGCCUGUCCUCCGGACCCUGGCCGCCCCGAGCGGAGCCUGGAGCAAAAUGAUGCUUCAACACCCAGGCCAGGUCUCUGCCUCGGAAGUGAGUGCUUCUGCCAUCGUCCCCUGCCUGUCCCCUCCUGGGUCACUGAUGUUUGAGGAUUUUGCUAACCUGACGCCCUUUGUCAAGGAAGAGCUGAGGUUUGCCAUCCAGAACAAGCACCUCUGCCACCGGAUGUCCUCUGCACUGGAGACAGUCACUGUCAGCGACAGACCCCUCGGGGUGUCCAUCACAAAAGCCGAGGUAGCCCCUGAAGAAGAUGAAAGGAAAAAGAGGCGACGAGAAAGAAAUAAGAUUGCAGCAGCAAAGUGCCGAAACAAGAAGAAGGAGAAGACGGAGUGCCUGCAGAAACUCCCAAGGCCUUUUUGGGUCCAGAAGACCUGCAUAUGGGCUGUUGACUCAUGCAAAUGAGGUAUCUGAACUGCAGCUUCAGUAUUAGCAGAGUCACAGGCCGCCUCUGUGGCAUCACCAGGGCUUCUCUGAAGAAGAGGGUCUGCAUUUUCCUAAACCCAGUGCUGCUCUCCCAUCUCCCAUCUUCCUCUCCCAGCUUGAUGAGCCCCAGGGUGUCCCAGGUAGACCCCUGUAUCCAGGCAGCAGCCCAGGCCACCCCGUCCUCACUGGCCGUUGGUUCCUUUCUUGAUACCUCGGUUGCUUGUCCUCCAGGAGUCGGAGAAGCUGGAAAGUGUGAAUGCUGAACUGAAGGCUCAGAUUGAGGAGCUCAAGAAUGAGAAGCAGCAUUUGAUAUACAUGCUCAACCUCCAUCGGCCCACAUGUAUUGUCCGGGCUCAGAAUGGGCGGACUCCAGAAGAUGAGAGAAACCUCUUUAUCCAACAGAUAAAAGAAGGAACAUUGCAGAGCUAAGCAGUCGUGGUAUGGGGGCAAUUGGGGAGGCCUCACUGAAUCCUCGUUUUAUACCCAAAACCCUGAAGCCAUUGGAGAGCUGUCUUCCUGUGUACCUCUAGAAUCCCAGCAGCAGAGAACCAUCAAGGCAGGAGGGCCUGCAGUGAUUCAGCGGGCCUUUCCCAUUCUGCCCCAGAGUGGGUCUUGGACCAAGGCAAGUGCAUCUUUGCCUCAACUCCAGGAUUUAGGCCUUAACACACUGGCCAUUCUUAUGUUCCAGAUGGCCCCCAGCUAGUGUCCUGCCCGCCUAUCAUCUGGAUUCUACAAAAAACCAGGAUGCCCACCAUUAGGAUUCAUGCAGAAGUGUCUGUACCUUGGGUGGGAGAGAUGGGGCCAUCUCAUUCACUGUGGCUACCAUUGUCACUCGUAGGGGAUGUGGAGUGAGAACAGCAUUUAGUGAAGCUGUGCAACGGCCAGGAUUGUGCUUUCUAGCAAAUAUGCUGUUACGUCCAGAAAUUCCGUGUGCAAGAAAACUAGACAGUGUACUCUUCUGAUGUUUGUGUCACACAACACUGAUGUGACUUUUACAUGCUUUUUCUCAGAUCUGGUUUCUAAGAGUUUGGGGGGGCGGGGCUGUCACCACGUGCAGUAUCUCAAGAUAUUCAGGUGGCCAGAAGAGCUUGUCAGCCCCUGGAGAACAGAAUUCUCCCAGUGUUAGCACAAAAUCCAUGGGCAGCAUGAUGGCAGGUCCUCUGUUGCAAACUCAGUUCCAAAGUCACAGGAAGAAAGCAGAAAGUUCAACUUCCAAAGGGUUAGGACUCUCCACUCAAUGACUUAGGUCAGGAGUUGUGUCUAGGCUGGAAGAGCCAAAGAAUAUUCCAUUUUCCUUGUGGUUGAAAACCACAGUCAGUGGAGACAUGUUUGGAAACCACAGUCAGUGAAGCCUAGGUGGUGCCCAGGCUUUAGCAUUAUUGGAUGUCAAUAGCAUUGUUUUUGUCAUGUAGCUGUUUUAAGAAAUCUGGCCCAGGGUGUUUGCAGCUGUGAGAAGUCACUCACACUGGCCACAAGGACGCUGGCUACUGUCUGUCAAAAUUCUGAUGUUUCUGUGAAAUUCUCAGAGUGUUUAAUUGUGCUCAAUAGUAUCAUUACAAUUUUCUGUAAGAGAAAAUAUUACUUAUUUAUCCUAGUAUUCCUAACCUGUCAGAAUAAUAAAUAUUGGAACCAAGACAUGGUAAA